AUGGAGUUCGACGCUGAAGAUGCUACAGCUCCAACGUCGAGCACCAUGGAGAUGGACUUGACGCCGCCCAAGAAGCGCAUCAAGUCGGCACAGGCAAGUCGAUCUGCCUCGACUGAGCCGUCUACUCUCGACGCGAUCCUUUACGGCGAUGUCUAUGAAGAUGCGAUUGGUCCACAGGAAGCAUCAUCGUUGACGGCUGCAGCCGACGCAAGCGCAGACAUGGUAAAGACGGAAAUUGACCAUGUCGCAUCAACGCUCGAGGUCAUUCCAACCACCCAACUGGAACCUUUAGCAGCCGAGACGUUUUCAUCAACACUGCUGUCAGUUGUGCAGCCUGAAAGCGAUGCGGCUGUGUCACAACCCAUAGCUAGGAAGAAAAAGACCAGCUCCGCCAGCUUAUCAUCGAAGAAGGAUGGCUCAGCCUUGAUCAGCACGAGCAAAAGCAAAAAGUCCUCCGCCUCGACCAAGAAGGCCACUUGCUCUACUUCAUCUCUUACACAUCCAGAACCUCCCUCCAGCCGCAGUCGAACUCGAGCGGAACCUGUUUCACCUCCCCCCGUCGCCGUCAACACAGUCGAAGAAGCUGAAGAGGAAGACACCGCGCUAUAUUGCAUCUGCCAGAGACGACAGGACGAUGUCCAAGGCGGUAUGAUCAUGUGCGACCGUUGUGAGCAGUGGUACCACUAUCGAUGCAUGGACAUAACCGAGGACGAUGCGGAAUUGGUAGAUCAAUUCAUCUGCCCUCCCUGCCACCAAGUGACAGGAGAAGAGACGACGUACAAAGCAGCUUGUUCUAGAGCUGAGUGCAGAAGAGCGGCAAGGUCGCCUUUCAGCAAGUAUUGCUCGGAGAGGUGUGGUGUUUUGGCGGUCACAGCGAGGUUGGCUGCAUUGAAGGUGGAGAAGAACAAGGCGGCUGUAGCAAAGUUAGAAGCAGAUGAGAGGGUCAUGGCUGCAAGACAGACGGAAGGGUUUACACUCAGGACGGAUAAGUUCAAGACGGAGUGGAAGAAUGUCGUGGCUGAGCAGCUAGGAGGUGGUGCAAUUUGGGCAGCACCGAUUCAAAGAUUGAGGUUUGGAGAUGCCUUUGCUGUGAUGGUCAAAGGACAAACUGAUACAGAUUUACAAGUAGCAAAUGACGUGCUUGAUGGAGCUGCGAAGCCUGCUGUAGAGGAGGUACCAGUGACCGCGUCAACGGCAUCAUUCCAAGCAUCGAAACCAACAACGUCCUCCAGAUCACCCGAGACGUCAUCCGCAACGAGUCUGAUUGGUGUCAGAGAGCAACUCACCUUUGUUGCCAACCAGAUCCUCGCGGUCGACCUCGAGAAAUCGCGUCUCAACGCUCGACUUGAUCGUCUCGAUUUACGCAGUACCCUUCUCCACCUCGUUUCUGAUCGCGUACCUACGCUUGCACCUGUCGGUUCAUCCUCCGCCGCCGGGCUCGAAGCUGCCGACGAGAAUGACGAAGAGAUGCCUGAUCUCAUUACGAAACCCAAGAAGAAGAAGAAAGCAUCUUCCAAAUCAAAAUCGAAAUCCUCAACUGACCUCUCGGGCGGUCCACGCUGCGGAUACGACCAGCGCCUGCACUGGGAUGAUCCGGCGUUCGACGUAUGGGCACACGAUGCACCAGGCUCCGCCAUCCUUGCUCACGAAACCGCGCUCGACGGUGUCCUCUAUGACACCACUGAUACCACACAACAGCCGAAACUGAUAUGCGCAACGCCCAGACGCAAGUGCAGACGACAUGCAGACUGGUCAAAUCUAUGCGAGCUCGCACUAGAUACUGAAAAGGCGAGCUUAAAUGCCGAUUCAAGGGUGUUGACGCAGCGCAAGCUGGCUUUGGUCAAGAUGAAGGAGAGAUUGACCGUAGAGUUGGACGCGGUCAAGAGUUUGGUCGUGCAAGAAGAGAGAGCGAACAAGAGGAGGGAGGAGGAGAGAGAUAGAAAUGUGGCGAUGCGGAUGGCCAACGAGGGCACACGAAGGCGUGCUUUGCUGUGGGAUCAGCGCUGA